UCUCCAUCAUGUUUUACAGUAGGUAUGGCGUUCAUUUCCUUCUGCAAGAGGGUGCUGGUAUCGAUGGGUGAAACCAUGAGAAACAAUUUCACCCAUCACUUCAUUCCAAAAACCACUUUCACUUUGUGGCUGCUUUCAAGUGUUUUUGCUUAGUGGACAUGUUUCACUAUCUCUUCCUGGUGUUCAUUCAGCGUAAUGCCAUACAGCCAAAAGGUACUUGUGUUCGUUUACUGCCGUGUGUGUAUAUGUGUGUGUGUAUGUGUGUGUAUUGUGUGCUGGGGGUGUGGGUGGCAGAGGUGAGGGAUAAGAGUGCGGGCAUCCCACCCUCGCUGUCCAUCUCUGCUGUCAGUGGGUCCCAAAGGAGGAAAGGCAAAUGUCGCGCCACAGAGUGGGCUUCUGUCUCAGCAAUAAGAAACGCAGAAGAAUGAAUCUGGAUGCUUUUGCGAAGCUCUGUGCGUAAGUUUAUUUUCGUGGGAAAUACCCGGGUCCACUCACGGGUCCACUCACGGGUCCACUCACGGGUCCACUCACGGCAGGGUGACAAUUAUUCUAAAAUGAACCAAUGUCUUCUUUUCCAUCCAGGGGCCAUGACGUGGAGGUGGUGGAGAUUGAUCUUACCCAGCCGCUGGGCCCUCAGGGGCCCUUUGACGUCAUCGUUCACAAGCUGUCUGAUGUCAUCGUGGAGGCGGAGCAUGACAGCCAAUCACGGCAGCUCCUGGCCAACUUUCAGAGCUACAUGUCCAGUCAUAGCAGUACGGUUCUCCUGGACCCCCUGCCUGCCAUGACGUUGCUUCUAGACCGCUUUGCUUCUUACCGGAUCAUGAGCAAGCUGCACAAGUCCCUCCGAGACUGGCGCAUUUGCAGUCCUCCGUACCUGGAGGUCCACAGCGCCCGUGACAUGCCUUCCAUUCAACAGGAAGUGAUGACGCACAACCUGAGCUUCCCUCUCAUUUGCAAAACAAGAGUGGCACACGGUUCUCUGUCCCAUGAGAUGUCGCUGAUCUUCAGCGCAGCAAGUUUGGUGGAGAUCCAUCCUCCGUGUGUGCUCCAGAGUUUUGUAAGCCACGGUGCCGUCCUGCACAAGGUGUUUGUGGUCGGAGACAAGCACUUCUGCGUGGAAAGACCUUCACUCAAGAACUUCCCCCCCGGCCCAUGUGACAGAAAGACCAUCUUCUUCAACAGUCAUCAAGUGUCCAAACCAGAGUCAAGCUCUGACCUCACAUCUCUGGAUGAGCAAAUGCCGUGCCUCCCUCCUCCCAGCUCGGAGGCCGUCGCCGCCCUGGUCAAGGAACUCCGCAUCCAGCUUGGCAUGGCCUUGUUUGGCGUGGACGUCAUCAUCAACAUCCACACGCACACGCUCACCGUCAUCGACAUCAACAUCUUCCCAGGCUAUGAGGGCGUGCCCCAGUUCUUCUCCUCUCUGCUAAGCUACAUCGAGUCUCUGUUGGAGAAGAAAGAUUCUGGUAGCUCUGAAGAGUCCAGUCAGCAUUAAGAAGGUCCCUGCAGAACACAACUGUCAGUCAAUGUGUUUCAUAUACCUUUAUUGAUUGACAGGUAGCAUAGAAGACACAAAACACAGUACAUUCAGUGACCAGUAAUAUUACAAAUAUUUGUUAUCAUUUAUUAUAUUUUAGUACAGAUUUGAAAUGUUUUUCUUCUAUCUUGCUGGUUUUUAGGAUACACUUUGCACUUCAAUACAAAACAUGUAUAUUGUUGUAAUAUUGUGAUAUGAUGAAAUAUGUCAUCUUUGGAAUGGAUGAUACUACGAUUAUCACUAGCAGCGCACUUUAAUG